AUGAUCUAAUAAAUUAAAAAAAUAUACCUCUCUGAAAAUGAGGAAGAAGAGUAAGAAGAUAAAGAUGAUGUAUAAUCAAAUCAACAAUUAGGAUUAUUUUAGUCUUUAUAUCAAAAGUAUAAAGAUUAUAAAAAUAAUGACGAAUGGAAAAUUAAAUAGGGUCUAGUUUUAUCUAUAAUUUAGAUUUCAUCGAAUUGCUUCACAAAUAGAAUUAUCUAAUUUUGUUAAUAAAUUCUAAUUGAAUUAUGGGCUUUAGAAAAAGAUUAAAGAGUUAGAAAUUUAUUAAAAAAUGAAACCUUAAUACAUUUGUCAAUGUAAAUUUUGUAGAAAGAUUGGUAGACUCAAAACAAUAGAAUCGCAGGAGAAAUGUAAUAAAUGCUGAGUCGAAUCGAUUUUUUGUAAGAAUAAAUUGCCCAAGAAGCAAAUGCGAAUAAACGAGAGAUAUAAUUGAAAGAAAUGGAUGAAACAACUGAGCAAUUAGAUGAAUAAAUUGAAAAUAUCAGUGAAAUGGGAUAAUAGCUUAAAUUGAUAACAGACUUCGUUAAUCAUAUCAGAAAAGGUUUGACAAGAGUCGAGAGAAAAAUAAAUAAGAUGAAGAAAUAACUAAAGAGCUUGAGUAAUGACAUAAAAUUUCUGAGAGGAAAAUCUGUUGAAGAACUUUUUGAUAUUAGAAAAUCCAAAGUAUUGAAAGAAGCAGCAAAUAAAAAUGUUAGGUCUAUAUAUGUGCCAUUAUAAACAUUGGAGAUAUUUCAUAAAUUAGAUAAAGUGGAAAAGAAUGAAUAAAAGAGUAUUUUGAUGAAUUUGGAUAAUUUAUAUGAUAAAGAAGGGGAAGUGAAUGAGUUUUUAUUACAUGAUAAACACACAGUAUUAUUAAUUCAUGGCUGA